GGCACCAGUCGCCGCCUAACGGUCCUCCAGGUAGCGUCGUCGUCGUCCUUGCUCGCGAUGUGGAGCUUCUGGGCCUCUUCCCCGCCGCCGACCUCCGAGUUCUUCUCCAAGUACGAUGACAAGGUCACCUUCAGAAUCAAUUCGAAGAAAUAUACAGUGGACGCCGGCGUGCCGCCCAACACGUCGCUGAACGCCUUCAUCCGGCAGCAGGCGGGGCUGCGCGGCACCAAGAGCAUGUGUCUGGAGGGCGGCUGCGGCGCCUGCGUGGUGGCCGUCACCGCCCCCGACCCCGUCUCCGCCGCCCGGCGCACCUUCGCCGUCAACUCGUGCCUGGUGCUGGUGUUCUCGUGCCACGGCUGGGAAGUCACCACCGUGGAGGGCAUCGGCGGCAAGAAGGACGGCUACAGCAAGGUGCAGACCACCCUGGCGCACAUGAACGGCACCCAGUGCGGCUACUGCUCGCCCGGCAUGGUCAUGAACAUGUACAGCUUGCUGGAGGCCAAGGCGCAGGGCGUCAAGAUGGCGGAGGUGGAGAACUCGUUCGGCGGCAACUUGUGCCGCUGCACGGGCUACCGGCCCAUCCUCGAUGCCUUCAAGUCGCUGUGCGUGGACGCGCCGCCCGCGCUGCGCCGCCGGUGCGCCGACAUCGAGGACCUGUACAGCUCGGUGUGCCCCAAGAGCGGGCAGCCCUGCGCGCGGGAGUGCGGGGGCGAAGACCGCGAGAAGCCCGCGGCGGUGUACGUCACGCUGCCGGGCUCCUACUGGUGCAGGGUGACCACCCUCGCCGACAUAUUCGAGGUCAUGAACAAGAUGGGUGACGUCACCUACAUGCUGGUCAGCGGCAACACGGCGCACGGGGUGUACAGGAGGCGGACGGAGCCGCAGGUGUUCGUCGACGUAAACGGCGUGAAGGAGCUGAAGACCAUCAGCAGCGAGGAUGGGCUCUCGAUGGGCGCUAACGUCUCGCUCACGGACGCCAUGGAGAUGCUGUACAAGAUGGCCGACCGCAGGCCGGAGUACGCCUACACCAGGGCGCUCGCCGACCACAUCGACCUGAUCGCCAACGUCCCCGUCAGGAACGCUGGAACGUUAGCUGGGAACCUAUCUAUCAAGCACCAAUACAAUGAAUUCCCCUCUGAUGUGUUCUUAAUCUUGGAAACCGUUGGAGCGAAGCUGACCAUUGUUGAUAAAAUGGGGAACACUGAAGUUGUCAGUCCACAAGAAUAUCUCAAGUUGGACAUGAAAGGGAAAGUAAUGAAGCAGAUAUCUUUUCCUAAAUUAGAUAAAUGCAAUGUGGUCAAAACUUUCAAGAUAAUGCCGAGGGCUCAGAACGCGCAUGCGUACGUGAACGCUGGGUUCCGUUUCAAACUGUGCGACGACGGCAGCGAGAACAUCAUCGAACCUCCGACUGUGGUCUUCGGAGGAAUAAACCCGAAAUUCAUCCACGCCAGCAAGACGGAGGAGUUCCUCAGCGGCAAGGCGCUGUCCGACGAGGCGGUGAUGAGGCAGGCGGUGACGACGUUGGACGGCGAGCUGCAGCCGGACAGCUCCCCGCCGGACGCCUCCGCCGCCUACAGGAGCGGCCUCGCCAAGGCCCUGCUCUACAAGUGCUUCCUGGGCGUGGCGGCCGACAAGGUGGACCGGAGGUAUGUGAGCGGCGGCAGCCUGCUGGAGCGGCCUCUGUCCUCGGGCAGCCAGAAGUACGAGACGGACAAGUCCCUGUGGCCGCUGGGACAGCCCGUGCCCAAACUGGAGGCGCUCACGCAGUGCUCGGGGGAGGCGAGGUACGUGAACGACCUGCCGCCGGCGCCGGGGGAGCUGUUCGCGGCCUUCGUGCUGACGCGCGUGGGGCAGGGGACCCUGGCCGGCGUCGACCCCUCCGAGGCGCUGAAAAUACCAGGUGUCAUAAAAUGUUUCACUGCGGAAGACAUUCCAGGGAAGAAUAACUUCACACCUCACAUUUUUAUCUUUUUCGAAGACGAACCGGUGUUCUGCAGCGGGCGCAUCACGCACGCGGGGCAGGCAGCCGCGCUGGUGGUAGCCGAGUCGCAGCAGCUGGCCAACAUGGCGGCGGCCAAGGUCAAGCUGACCUACCGCGACGUGACCCGCCCCGUGGUGUCCCUGCGCGAGGCCAUCCGCGGCGACCCGCGGCGCCUGCGCACCGAGAAGACCGUGCACGCCAAGUACACCAGAGAGGACGAGGUGUCGCACGUGGUGAAGGGCAGCUUCGACCUGGGCGGCCAGUACCACUUCACGAUGGAGACGCAGACGUGCCUGUGCGUGCCCACCGAGGACGGCAUGGACGUGUUCGCCGCCACGCAGUGGAUGCACCUCACGCAGGUCGCCGUGGCCGAGGCGCUGGGCGUGCCCGAGAACAGCAUCAACGUGCAGGUGCGGCGGCUGGGCGGGGCCUACGGCGCCAAGAUCUCGCGCGCCACCCACGUGACCGUCGCCUGCGCCGUGGCCGCCCACUCGCUGCAGCGGCCCGUGCGCAUCGCCAUGCUGCUCGAGUCCAACAUGGAGGCCAUGGGCAAGCGGCACCAGGUCGCCUCCGACUACGAGGUCGGCGUGGACUCGGAGGGACACAUCAAGUACCUGAAGUGCGACUUCUACGAGAACUACGGCACGGCGAUAAACGAGCCCGUGGUCGACCAGUCCCUGGAGCACAUGAAGAGCUGCUACGACAGCGCCACGUGGUCCAUGAUGGGCAAGGCGGUGAAGACGGACAUCCCGUCCAACACGUACUGCAGGGCGCCCAGUUCUACGGAGGGUAUUGCUGUCAUAGAGACCAUCAUGGAGCACAUUGCGAAGACUGUCAAAAAGGACGCAACUGACGUUCGUUUGAAAAAUAUGAAUCCUGCAAACAACCCCAUCCCAGGCAUGAUAAAAGACAUCAAAACAUCAUCCAAUUACGAGGCCAGGAAGAAAAAUGUCGAAGAUUUCAACAAAGUGAACCGCUGGAAGAAGCGCGGCAUCUCGCUGGUGCCGAUGGGCUACCCCUUCCAGGCGUUCGGCAACUUCGCGGCCAUGGUGUCCGUGUACGGCCAGGACGGCACGGUCGCCGUGGUGCACGGCGGGAUCGAGUGCGGGCAGGGGAUAAACACGAAGGUGGCGCAGGUGACGGCCCACGGUUUGGGGAUCCCCCUGGACAUGGUCAGCAUCAAAGCAAGCAACACCAUGAUAACACCGAACGGGAUGGUCACUGGUGGCAGCAUGACCAGUGAAUCUUGUUGCUAUGCGGCAAUGAAGUGCUGCGAGACACUCCUGGAACGUCUGAAGCCAUUCAGGACCAGCGACAAGGAGCAGACGUGGAAGGAGUUGGUGCUGACUGCGUUCAUGAGCAUGGUGGACCUCAGCGCAACCUACAUGUUCUCGCCCCGGGACGGUGUGAAGCCCUACACGAUCUGGGGCGCGACUGUGGUCGAAGUGGAGGUAGACAUUCUCACGGGCCAACACCAGGUGUCGAGAGUCGACAUCCUCGAAGACGCCGGCAAGAGCAUGAGUCCCGAGGUCGACAUCGGGCAAGUGGAAGGAGCGUUCGUGAUGGGUCUGGGCUACUGGUUGCACGAGGAGUUGGUCUACAACGAAGAGACGGGGGAGCUGAUGACUAACAGGACCUGGAACUACAAGCCCCCGGGAGCGAAAGAUAUUCCUAUUGAUUUCAGAGUAGAACUGAGAAGAGAUGCUCCCAACCCGUUUGGAGUUCUCCGCUCGAAAGCCACUGGUGAGCCACCGCUGUGCAUGAGCUACGGUGCGGUUAUUGCCGUGCGGAACGCUCUCGCCUCUGCAAGGACAGACGCUGGAGCGGAAGACGAGUGGUUCCAAAUGAAUGGACCUGUGACAGCUGAACACAUUUUCCUCAACAGCUUGACAACUGACGAGCAGUUCUCUUACUAAAGAAAUGAACGCACUACCACAUGAUGUGGAUGGGAACAAAUCUCAACUACGUGUAGCCAAGGUGACGGAAUAGCUGCGUGCUGGUUGUCAGCAACAUUAUAAACACAGCUAAAUCUUCAGAAGAGACAGAGGCACAAAUCCUACACAAGUGCACGGUAAUUUGCUACAGUAUAAUGUAGAUUAAAAAAUAAUAUGUUAAAUAAUGGUUGUAUUCAACAUCACUGAGGGAUGGCAAAUAUUACUCAAAGUAUCUGUCUAUAAAAAUAAAAAUGCAAAAGAAAAUAUAUAUAGUAAUUAUUGCAGUAAAAACUCUCAAUAAUUUUUCAAUUUUUACAUAUUUACUUUGGAUAGCACAAUCACAAAAUGUAAUUUUCUAAUCAUUGCCAAGAAACUUUUUGACUGUGUCAAGAGUUUGUAUUAAAAAAAAUAAGAAAAAAAAAUUCCCCCCAUAUGUGUUUUUAAAAGUAUCAUUGUCAAAAGUUUUUUUU